AUGACCACCGUCUCUCCCUUCGCACGGAGCAGCGUUUUCGACGAGCCCCGCCUCGGCGGGCGCGAACAGACUAUCGAGGAGAUGUAUAGUGUGCCCGAGAGCUUCCUAGAGAUCGAGGUGCGCAACCCUCAGACGCACGGCUUUGGCCGAAAGAUGUACACCGACUACGAGAUCGUGUGCAAGACAAACAUUCCUGCAUUCAAGCUCCGCCACUCGGUCGUCCGCCGGCGGUACUCGGAUUUCGAGGCGUUCCGCGACAUCCUUGAGCGCGAGUCUACCCGCGUGAACAUCCCGCCUCUGCCUGGGAAGGUCUUCACAAACAGGUUCUCAGACGAGGUUAUCGAGAGCAGGCGCGAGGGUCUUGAGAGAUUCCUGACCAUCGUGGCGGGUCAUCCUCUGCUUCAGACUGGAAGCAAGGUGCUGUGCGCGUUCCUGCAGGACCCUGGUUGGGAUAAGUCGCAGUGGCAGUGAAGUUACCCACUUGUCCACUGCGUUGCGUCGACCAUGCGUCUGGAUCUGCCUAUCUUCAUUGACUCUGAUGUCCCCGUCUCUUCAUAUGCUCACGACUCCUCCUGUCUUGUGUUUGCAUGUUCUCACAUGUUCCUUUUCUUUCAUGUUCGUCGUGUAUUAUACAACUGUUUUCUUACGCUUCAGGUAUAACAAUGUGUGGGUGUACAAGCACGACAUCUC